GUGAAAGAAGAACGUCCAGAAAAUAUACCAGAUUUAAAAUUAUUAGUGGAGAAGCAGUUUUUGACUUUACAGAAUAAGAAUUCUGAUGCAGACUUUCAAAAUAACGAAAAAUUUGUACAAUUUAAGCAACAACUGAAAGAACUGAAGAAGCAAUAUGGCCUGCAAGUAGACAAAGAGGCCGAUGGACUAGGGAUUGAUGAAGACAUGAUUGUGACCCAGAGCCAGACCAACUUCAUCUGCCCCAUUACACAGCUGGAAAUGAAGAAGCCAGUAAAAAACAAAGUAUGUGGUCACACCUACGAAGAGGAAGCCAUUGUUCGCAUGAUCGAGUCCAAACACAAGCGGAAGAAGAAGGCCUGUUGCCCUAAAAUUGGCUGUAGUCACACAGAUAUGAGGAUGUCCGACCUCGUCCAGGAUGAAGCACUGAGAAGGGCGAUUGAGAGCCACAAUAAGAAAAGAUACCGUCAAACCAUGUAGGAAAAAGCCACCUGCCUGCAGGGACACCAGCAGCCUACCUCCCGCCCCAGUCCUCUGUGAGAGCAAAGCUUGUAAAGCAGUUAGGGACUGGCUGCACAGCGUACUUUGGGGUAAAAUCUGAUGGUUUUAAGCAUAGUCAAAAGCAUUUUUUUUUAAGUUACACAUAAAAAUGCAAGCACAUUACAUUAUUUUUAAGUGUUCUAUACUUUUAAAUAAAACUUCGAUUAUCCGCAGCGUGUCCUGUCUGUGUGCCUCAUGAUGCAAAACUUGUUCCAAAGGUGCAGGCUUCUCUAUUUCUCAUUCGUUUGAAUGAUUUUUAUAGUUGUUUUCACUGAAGAAUGUCUUUCAAGUGAUAUUUGGAACAAAAUAAAAAGCAGAAACAUCCCAAUUGGGAAGCAUUUUCUAUAAAAACAGUAAAUAACAGCAUUCGGUUAUAAGCAAAAUGAAUUUAUGCUCCUAGAUUUACUUUACAUAAUUGACAGUACUGAAUCUGUAAAUGCUUUUAUUUGGCAUGUCUUUCUGAAUGGUGUAGAAUGUUCCAGAAGCAGGCUUACCAGAGCAACGAUGAUUGAAGCCCACAAUGGAAACUUUGCUGCAGCCCUCCAAGGGUCUCCAGUAUCAUCUGAAGCAACCACAACCCGGCUGCUGUGUGCACAUUGCAGCGUGCUCUCUGCAAGCCACUUCUUCUGCUGGACCUCAGAGUCUUCAGCUGUAAAGCAGAGGUGCUUUACAGAGGAGACACUGUCUCAGGCUGUCAGCCCCAAGAGUGUGGACUGGGACCAGCAGGGUCUGUAAAUUGAGAAUUGUAUACAGCUGGCAGUGCACACCUAUAAUCCCAGCACUUGGGAGGCUAGGCAGGAGGAUUGAGAAUUUGAGGCCAGUCUGGGCUACAUAGCAAGACCCUGUCGAAAAAAAAACACCUGAGUAUCUUCAACUCCAUUUCACUCUGAUUGUGUAAAGAGUGCUAAUCUUUUGUCUCCCAUCCCAUAAGCAACCUUUUAUCAACUAGACUAUUUAUUUAAACCAAACGAAGUAUACCACAACUGCACUGGGAAAACAAGUGGCUAACAGUGGCUGACAUUUAGUGAGCACUUACUGUGCACCAGGUGCUAGCUCUUUAUACAGAUAUGGACUCCUGCAGUCUUCACAGCCUGGUGAGAGAGGCACGGUUCUCAUUCCCACUUUACAGCUGAGGAAGUCAAGGCACGGAGAAGUAAAGUAACCUGAAAAAGUUGGAGAGUUCAGAAGUGGCCAGCCUGGUCAUAGGGGCUCUGUUCUCAAUCCCACACUUAAGAACUAACACUUUUGUAAAUACACAAGUGUACGUUCAAAAUAAGUCUAACUAAAAUUCAGAGAGUAAUGGUAUGGUACCUCCUGGCAGUAAAGGCCAUGGAAUAUUAACACGUAUCUGAGUUGAACAGCGGAGUCUCAACGUGGCAAAAGUGACUUUGCAAACACUUCCAUGGAAUUCAGGAAGCAGUAGACAUUGGACAUUCAGUCGCCUGCAGACUGUGACUGUGAAUUUCCUAAUGUGCUUUAUCUCAUCAGGCUUUCCUCAGGAAAUGAUUCUGUUUCAGCCAGAACAAACAUACUUUUCAUGGAAUGUGGUUCUUUUGUGCAAUACUGUUUCCUAAACAGAUAGGGACAAGCACGAAAUGCUUGCCGGAGAAUCGAUUUGCAUUUCCCCAAUUCUUUCUAAAGACUAUUCUAGAAUGUUGCUAUCUAUACUAUUGUUAGUUAGAAAAAUGCAAAAUAAUGCCAUUCAACUGUGGAAAGGGUAUGGUAUUUGUAUCUUAUGAUGGUUUUUUCUUCUUCAUUUUUCAGAAACUUUUAUAAAUUUG